GGGGAAACAAAGCGAUGGCUGGGAAGAGACGAAAUGUUUGGGCACACCACACACACCGUGUGCACACGCAUACACACACAGAGAGAGAACGAGCACACACACACGGGGAAAGAAAGAAAGAGCAGCAACACGGCUCUUGCUCCCCCGCUCCACACACCCACUCUGGACUUCCAGACCCCACGGGACGAUGGAUGGAAUGGAUGGAUGGAUGGAUGGAGGAGGGAUGUCGUAUCACCUCCACCACCACCAGCAUCAAGCCUUUUUCCUUCCGUGUCGAUGGGUUUGGCUGGUUUGGCUGGGUCGGCGUGGGUUGGGGUUGUUCUGGGCUGGGCGAAUCUACCCACCAGUUGGACCCGCAUGUUCACAUCUUCACCGCACAGCGGGAACAGGCAAUCGCAACAGGACUACAUUCUAUUGCAGUUGCAGUUGCAGUUGCAGCAGUUGCAUUUGGGGUUGCAUUCGGGGUGUAGCUGGGGCAGUAGCUGGGGUUGGGGUUGCAGCUGGGG